AUGUCACCCACCACCCCCCCGCAACCAUCCCAACCCCUCCAAGUCCUCAUCUUCACCAAAACAUCUUCCUACCGCCACACCUCAAUCGAACCCGCCAUAGCAGCCCUAACCCGCCUCUCCGCCACCACCCAGCAGCCCGGCACCAGCCACCCAACCCCAAUCUCCGUGACCACCUCCUCGUCGGCCACAAUCUUCACCCCCUCCUCCCUCUCCCGCUUCUCCGCGAUCCUCCUCCUCCAGAACUCGGGCGCCUUCCUCACGGCCCCGCAGCUGGCCUCCCUCCGCGCCUACGUCCGCGCCGGCGGCGGCGUCGUGGGCGUGCACUGCGCCGCGGCGGGCAUGCUGGCCGGGGAGGACCCCGACCCGGACCCCGAGCGGUGGUAUGGGCGGCUCCUGGGCGGGGCGUUUGCGGGGCAUCCGGAGCCGCAGAGGGGGGUGGUGAGGGUUGUUGAUGCGGGGCAUGGGAUUGUGAGGGGCACGGUUGGGAAGGGGGAGGGGAGGUGGUGGGUGGAGGAGGGGGAGGGGAAUGGGUGGCGGUGGGAGUGGUUUGAUGAGUGGUACAAUUUCAAGGAGAACCCGAGGUUGGCUGGGGAUGUGCAUGUGCUGCUGUCGGUGGAUGAGGGGUCGUAUGAGGGUGGUGAGCAUGGGGAGGACCAUCCCAUUGCUUGGUGUCAGGAGUUCGAGGGUGGGAGGUCGUUUUACACUGCGCUGGGGCACUUUGAUGAGGCGUACGAGGAUGAGGCCUUUAUGGGGCAGUUACUGAACGGGAUCCUGUGGGUGGCUCGCAUUAUCUGA